AUGGAAUAACCACCUGAGUCCAUAUUUGCAUCAAUUGACAAUUGCUUUGAUCACUCUAUUGUUUACUACUUCAGAAUUCUCAAAUGGAACUUCUUCCUAAUGCUCAUUUUUGGUCUUCUACACAUACCACAAUUGAUAUUCUGCAUUACAGGAAAUAGCAUAUUCGAUCAAUUCUAAUUACAAUUAGAAAUAUUAACAGUUGCAAAUAUAGACAUUUCAAAUGAAACAGCUUUUCUUACCGGAGUUUUGGGAGAUGCUAUUGGAACUCUUCUCUACUUUUUAUCAUUGCUCUAUUUACGAUAUAAAGCUAUUAAUAAGGAUUCCUAAUUUAAAGUAUCAAGUAUUUCACCUUGGAGUGUUGAACUAUCUGGAUUUCCAUCAGCCACUAUUGAUCCAGAAGAUCUUCGAUCAAUUGUCUAAUCAAAUACACAUGAAAUUUACUUAGUGCGCAACUUUUAGGGUACUCUUAGCAUCAUGAAGAAUAAGGCAUUCAAAGAAAGAUAGAUCAGAUUAGAAAAGAAAAAGUUAGAAGUAUUUUCUAAGAGAUUAUCAUAAGCAGAUAUGUAUGUAAGAUAAGACUUCAUCAGAGUGUUGUCUGAUGAAUAAAAGGAUAUCACCAAAGAAUUAGCAGAGAAAUUUAAUAUCUUUUUAGCUCCAGAUGAUUUAGAAUCAAUUAAAGCUUUUAUAGUAUUUAAGAGCAAAGUAGAUCGUGAUCUUUUUUAUGAGAAAUAUAAUUCGGAUUGUUUAGUUAGAAAUGGAAUCUAUUUAUUCUAAAAUUAACCAUAAGAAUUGAAGUUGAGAGGAUUAUAUACCAUAAGAGUGACGGAAGCCCCUGAUCCCAAUGAAAUUAAAUGGGAAAAUAUGGAUUAUUAAGAAAGAAAUAAUUUUCAAAUUAUUCUAAUGCAUCUAGUUAUGGCUCUAAUAUUAUUAGCACCAUUAAUAGUAUUUGAAAAUAUGGCUUUGAAGAAUGCAAGGAACAAUACAAUUAAAUGCACUGAGAAUUGUUUAGAUAAUGAUUUUACUAGAACUGUUUAUUAUCUAAUAACAGGUUUUUGGAUAUUGAUUGCAGAUGUACUAGGAUGGGUCUUUCUAGAAUUAAUAAUUAAUAGAGAAAGGCAAAUCUAUUUAGUUUAAGAAUAAAAAGUGAUAUUAAUUAGAAUAAUCGUCUAUUUGCUAUGUUACACCUUGCUUGUACCAAUCUUAAUCUCCUGGGAAACUAUAGGAAACAUAGUAUUAGUCAUUUAAAGUUAUACUUCAACAGAGAAGUCAUUAAUUUUUAGUGAUGAUUUAGAUAGAAAAUGGAUUAUAAAUCAUGGUUUAAUAUUUUUAUGGGUAUCUAUAUUUUACACUCUUAAAUUGAUAAUUUUGAGUUCUUCAUCAAGAUGUCAUUGCAUAACAGGUGGAAUAAGAGAUUAAGAGGAAUUAUAAUUAAUAGGUUCUUUAUUGACAGAUGAAGGUGACGAAGAAAGAUAAAGGUUAACUGGUUAAUUAAAAACUACAUCUAAUAAUAAUAAUAAUAAUUAAUCUCAUUAAACUCUUUUUCUAUUAAAUUUAGAUGAGAGUGUAAACUACAAUAUUCAAUCAAGAUAAAAUUUAGAUGUGAAAACAGGAAAAUCAUUUAGACGUGACUCUCCCUUAAUCAACAGUAAUCCAACUUUUAAAACUGGACUUAGAUAUGCCAAAUUAUUGUUUAGUAUCUUCUUAUCAAUUACUUUAUCAGCAGGACUGCCUCUAUUACCUUUAUUAGGAGCCUUACAGAUAGGAUUGUUGUAUAUUUAUGAUAAAAGUAUGUUAUUGCGAUAUCAUUCUUAUAACGAGAAACAAUAGAAAAAAUUAUAGGAAUAACUAAAAUCAGUUGGAAUUAUCACUUUGAAAUUUAUUCACUUUUUCCUUGUGUUACAUUUAAUCUUUAGUGUCUUGAUAUAUGGAUAUCCAUUCAUUUACACUUAAAAUGGUAUGGGGAUAUCAUCGGAUUGGAAUGAUGCAUCUAAUAAAUUAAUAUACAGACUAAGCACUGUAAUUCCACUUACUUUGUUAUUAGUAAUUUUAGUAUUGGCUCUUAUUAUUGAUCUAAUAUUUUUUGGAAUCAAUAAUAAUUGGAAAAUCCAGUCUGAUUAAAUAGGAUAAGAUGUUUCUUAGAAUCUAGAAGAUCAUAUAAGUGGAUUGAAAGAAUAAGGAAGUGCUAUUUCUUAUAAUUUAAAGCACCAUGAUGAAUUUAAGGAUAUUUUACUAAGUCAGAAAUAAGAAAGUAUAAGAGCUACUCUAAAUUAAUUCAAACAUUGA